UUUAGAAAAUCUAUAAACGAACACACCUUUGCUUUCGGACACAGAAUACACUUUUACGUUCUUACAGUGAGAGAAAGUGAAAGAAAGAUACGUACUUUUAAUGGAGCAUCGACGGGCUUGCUUGCCUUCUUUGCCCAACAAUUCCAUUCCAUGAUUCUUUUCCUCUCCAAUCAAUUUUUAUCAAUCCAUUCUCUUCUGUGUCAAUGGCAAUGGCAAUUAUCAUUUCUGUAUUAACAAACAAUCAAAUAUAAUCACAACAACGAAACAACCUCACUCUGUUUGAUUCCUCUCUGUCUGUCUUCUUCUCCGAUGGAACGCCAACGCCGCCACCACUUUUCCGACCACCGCGAGUCCAAUCCCCACUUCCUCCCCCGCCGCAACAACGACGACCCCGUAAUCGACUUCUCCUUACACCCGCCUCCGCCGCACCGCCCACGCCCGCCGCCCAACACCACAGUACACCCGCCCUACGCCCCCCGCCCGCAGCCGCCAUUGCAGGCCGAUCCACCGCCCCAUCAAUCCAAGCCACAUUUCACGCCGGUAACCAAGCCACAUUUCUCGCCGGAAUCCGGCCAUCACAUCCCGCCGGAAUCCGCAGCUCCGCAGCCACUACAAAUGCCAUACUCUCCAGGAAGAUCCACCACCGCCGCCGCCGCCGCCGCCCACCACCACCACCGCCGCCGGCACCACCACCAAAAUAACCUCCGGAUGCCGGACGCCGGCCGGACGACGCCGAUCGCCUGGCUCGUCGCCGCCUUCUGCGCCCUCUUCUGGCUAAUCGUCAUAAUCGGCGGCCUAAUCAUCCUCAUCGUCUACCUCUUCUUCCGCCCCCGGAACCCUAGAUUCGACAUCUCCACCGCUACCCUCAACGCCGCCUACCUCGACCAAGGCUACCUCCUCAACGCCGACGUCACGCUCCUCGUCAAUUUCACAAACCCUAACACCAAAGUCAACAUCGACUUCACCUACGUCGUCCUCGACAUCUUCUACGACAGGCGCAUCAUCGCCACCGGCUACAUCGACCCCUUCUCCGUCCACCGCCGCGAAUCCAGAUUCGCCGACGUGCACAUGGUCGCCAGCCAGGUCACUCUAUCCAUGGGCCUAAGCAUGGAGCUCCAGCGUCAAAUCGCCGCUGGCAGGGUCAAUUUCGAGGUCAGGGGACUCUUCAAGACCAGAUCUCGCUUCGGCAGCUUCUUCCGGUACACCUACUGGCUGUACGCCCGCUGCCAGAUCGCCGUCGCCGGACCUCCCACCGGAGUUUUGAUCGGAAAACGAUGCAUAACAAAACGGUGAUAAAAAAAAUUCACUCGCCGCCGGCUGCGGCAGUUCUCUGCUGUUCAAAAAUUUUCCCCUAAUUUAGGGCGUGUUCGUUACCAAUUCAAUUUCGA